GGAGCGCGUUGGGAUUUGGGGGAUUUGGGAUUUUGGGGAUUUGGGGGCUCCGUGUGGGAUCCUGCGGGUCCGGCACUCCCGCUCCUCGCACUGCCCAACCCGGAGAGGCCCGGGCUGCAGGGAGCCGCCCCGAGCUGCUUCCACACGCCUCGGGGACGGGCAAAUUCCCACUUCAGGCCCUGCAGCGUCCAGGUCCUGCAGCUUCCCCCGGUCCUGAGCCCCUUCUCAGCCCCAGGUCACCGGGGUCCCCCGAAUCCGCUGCGGGGUGCGGCGCCAUGUUCGGCUCCUCCCGGGGCGGGGUCCGGGGCGGCCAGGACCAGUUCAGCUGGGAGGAUGUCAAGACAGACAAACAGCGUGAGAAUUACCUGGGGAACUCCCUGAUGGCGCCGGUGGGGCGGUGGCAGAAGGGCAAGGACCUGACCUGGUAUGCCAAGGGCAAGAAGGACACAGGCCCCCCGUUAUCCCGGGAGGAAGAGCUGGCUGCUGUCCGCCUGGCCGAGCAGGAGGCCAUGAUGGCAGCACUUGGCUACAAGACCUUGAAGAGGCAGCCCACGGGCCUCAGCAAAGAGGACCUGGCUGAGGUGUGCAAGAGGGACGGCGCCGAGCGGGACGAGAAGGACGUGGAUCGGGUGGUGGGUUUGGGCAGCUCCAGUGGCAGCGCUGGCCGGGUGAUGCUCUCCAAGGAGGACAGGGAGGCGGCCAAGCUGGGGCUCUCAGUCUUCACGCACCAGAAAGUCUCCAGCAGCCCAGAGACAUCUGUCUCCAAGAAGAAGCAGGAAAAGGAGGAGAAGGUGGAGGAGGAACGACCUGACAGCAGCAAAAAAUCCAAAAAGGAGAAGAAGAAGGAGAAAAAGAACAAGAAAAAGAAGAAACAUAAGAAGGAGAAGAAGAAGGACAAGGAGAAGCAUUCCAAGAAGGAUGCUGCCCCAUCAUCCUCCGAUUCUUCCCCGGAUCGGGAUAAGAGGCACCAGGGCCGGAAGGCUCAGCAGCCCUCGGCGGCGCCGCGGCAGCGCGCCCGGCGGCGGCACGACUCGGGAUCCUCGGCGGGCAGCGGCGGCCGCAGCCCCGCCCGCCCGCGCAGCCGGAGCCGGGACGGCCGCGGCCGCCACCCGUCCCCGCGGAGGAAGGGCAGGAAGAGGAGCAGGUCCCGCUCCCCGCCCGCCCGCGGGGCCCGGCAGCGCCACGACACCGACUCGGAGGACUGAGAGGGAGCCUGGCGCUGUUUCAGGGACAUCUUCCGUCGAUUUGUGUUUUUUAUGGUGAUUAAAUGAAAAACGCCGCAGCCCCGCGGGUGCCGGGGCGGUCUGGCAAAGGGCAUUGAGGUGCCAGCAGCCCCUUCCCUGCCCGCCCAGGGGCAGCAGGGCCUGGCACCCUUCUCCUCACUCCCUGAAAUCCCUCCAGGCAGGAUCGAGCAUGGAGGAUGCUGUGGGUGUGGGCUGGCGCUGUGGUGCUGAAAAUGCUGUGGAUACCUCGUGUUUAUGGAUAGAGACUUUGGAAGAGAUUAUUAUUAUUUAUUAAUAUGGGGUUUUGUCUUCUUUCCCUGCCUUUGAGUGCUUGCCAGUACAGUGGCUGAAGAGUUUCUUUCUUUAAAGAUUCCCUAAGUCCAUCAGCUGCAUGGAUGGGAGCUUAAAGCUCACCUAGUUCAGUCCCCCUGCCAUGGGCAGGGACACCUUUCACUGUCCAAGCCUUUGGACAACUAAAUAAUUCCUCACCUUUUGGGGGAGAAAUUGGACGGGACCAGGUGUCUUCCAUGGGCUUUUGCCCUGGUCACAUCCACCCACCCCGGGGAGCAGCAAACUCCAUUCCCAUCCAGGACUGAAACCCUCAGCACACCAUUAUUUAUGUUCUUGGCAUACUGAAAGAGGGGAAUUUUACACCAGUCAAUAGAAAUAUUGAUCCAAAUGGAAAGGGGCUGUCCCAAGCAGCUCCGGAGCGUCGCUGCCAAGCACAAGGGCCUCGUUUGUGUAAUUAAUGAUGCAGCUGAAGACAGGGAGGGUUUGUGUGUCUUGGUGGACAAAAGCCCAGUGGGGCCAUGCUCAGGAGCUCACAAAGCCCUUCUGUCCCAGCGUGCUCAGCCCCAGCACUGGGAGAUGCUGCAGAGCCUUCGGUGAUCCCCACCCCAGCGUGAUUUUUGGGGUUGGCAAGGGGCUGUUGUCGUGCUCAGAGCAGCUGCAGCUCCUGAUCCAUCCCAGGGAUCCCCAGGGUGCAGCUGGGGUGCCCUGAGCCCGUGCACUCCCUGGCCAGGAGCUCUGCCCCUGCUGCUGCUGCUCACCAGGCUGAGCUCCCAUCAGCUCCAUGGGAUUUUGGGAUCCAAACUGUGGCUGGAGCCUGCUGGGAACAUCCCAGAGCAGGAGUGUGCCUAAUGGGAACUGGGCAACAGGUUGAGAAGGGAGUCAUGGGAGAACACAAACAGCACAGCAAGGAGAAAAAAACCCCACAGAGUCCUGCUCCCUCCAUGGGCUCCAUGUCCCAUCUUCACCUCCCAAGUUUUGGGGUGGAUGCUCUGCAUCCCCAGCUCCUCAGCACCAUGGCAGAGGGGCCAGGCACUGCUGGCCCAGCUCACUUCAGCUCUCCUGGCCUUUCUCCUGUUCUCCCCCCGUUCCUGUUGGGGAAAUCGGAGGAAAUCAGUUUGAGAAACAUGGGAAGCCAAAACCGAGGGGGAGGGGGUCAAGGAGCUCAGCCCCAUCCCUGUGCCAGGGCUGCUCCUCCAGCCCCUCCCUGUCCAGCUGCUGCAGAGUUCCUGGGGCAUGCAGCAGGAUCCUUUACCCUGGGCUUGAGCUGUCCAGCUGCUGGUGACCAAAAUUCCAGGCUGAGAGCCUGUGACAGAGCAAAGCUUGUGCUGCCCAGAGCACAGUUCUGGUAACAUCACCACAUUCCCUGUUUUCCACAGCAAAUUCCGUAUGCAGAGGAACAGCAUCCUAACCCAGCUGGCCCUUCAAGUUCAAUUCCCUCCCAGAACAGGAAUAAAGAGCUGUCCUGCUCUAUUAGGGAUGCAAAUAUCCUGAUUCACAGCUUGAAAUUCCAAGGUGGAUUUCUGACUUGCAGGAGGUUUGUGAUCCCAGUUUGCCCACUGCUAUUUCCCCUGUACUCAGCUCCAGCCACAGUCCAUUACCCACCCAGAGUCCCAGGUUUUCCCACAGGGAAUUCAGUCUCUAACCUGCAGGACAGACCUUUCAUCCUGCAGCUUUCCAGCCUGUGUAAUGGGGGAUCUGCUGCAGCUCCAGCCGGGAAAACAGCCGGGAGCUGGCAGGCAGCCUGAGCCUGGGGAGGAGAAGCUGCAGCUGACAGGGAAGGCAGGAGGAUCACCCGGAGGAGGAGCUCUGUCCUGGAUCCAGAGGGAACUGCAGAAAGGGAAAAUGCAAAACAAAGCACUUAGGAAGGUGGAAUUCCUAUUUUUUUCCCCCUCACAAAACUGCUAAUUCACAGAUCCUGUAAUUAACUGGGAUCAGCAGGAGGAACAACCUGUUGGGGGAUGUGAUGGGGCUACUCAAGAAGCUCAAGCUGUUGUUCCCCAGAGGCAACAAAGUGACUCCAGUAGAACCCAGCAAGCAUCACCCACCAUUUCAGCUGCAGGGUUCCAACCAGGAAUGAUAAAUUUCUUGGAAAAUACAAGAGACAUCAUCAAAUUUUUGUGCAAAUCAUGAUGUGGCAAAAAGCUGCCUGGAUCUGGAUGCCCUGCACGAAGAUGAUACAAACCAACACGAUACCAGUGGAAGUUUCAUGAAACUUUUUAUUCAACAAGUAUUUAAUUAUGAUUCUGCCAAGAUGAUCGAAUGAACAGCAAGGCAUAAAAAACAUGAAAUAGUUAAGAGAUUUUAUUCUAAUAGCUUUAAUUACAGUGCUUGUUUGUCGAAAUGAAAACUGAAAACAAGUAUACAAAACAGUUGAUUACUAGUUGUGUAUUGAAAGCAAUAAAGGUUUCCACAACACUAAAUAAACCAGUUCUGAUAGUUCCUCUAGUUAAAGUUUAACAGCUCCAGCUUCUUCAGUGUUUAUCAAAAUACAAAAGAAAAGUAAAGAGGUCUUUUUUUUAUUUUUCUGAUGGCAAAUCUGAACCUUGCAGUAUGAGGGAUGCCAAGGGUUUUCACACAUAUACAGACAUGGGAUUGUUCCAAAAUGGGAUUGAAUACUUGUAGAGUGGAAUGACUCUCCAAACUCUCAUGCUUGUUUUUUUCCCUAGACACUAUACAUAGAUGUUUGGUGUUUUUCAUGGCAAUUCUUACAUUAAGUACAGUACUUUCUGCCUAUAGAGCUUAGGACUGGGACAGGCUGUGCUUCCUGUGGAAAGGUUUUGCCUUCUGGAGUGGUUUACGC